AUCCUCUUCGACGCGGCUGCUUGUUGCAACAUCUCGACUCUUUGCCAUUCUCAUCCAACCAGCGCCAGCCAUUAGCACACCCAACAAUCCAUCCGUACAACACGCACCACCACCACUUGUGAGACCAGCAGUGACAGUGGUGGUCUCCCACAAAGCGCCCGUGUCGCACAGCGUCGUACGUUAUAUCUCCGACUCUGCUAUUCGACCUCCCGCAUCGCACGACUCCGACCGAACCACCAGACCCGUACUGUCGAGCGGCUGUGGCAGUUGUCGCACGCCAAUGGUCUCUGCCGCUCGUCUAUAGCCUCUCCAGACACAGCUUCUUCUGUACGCCAUGGCUACAUCAACCGGCUUCCCACGCAUGUCCUUCGGGGCCAACAACAGCCUCGACUUGAGCUUGGAUCUACCAAUCGUUCUGUUCCCCCCGUCAGACGAUCUGCCUUCUCCCAUUUAUGAGAGUGACGAUGAGGAUGCUCAGCGAACACCGACCACGGCUACCGUGCCCCAGAUCCCAGACCGCAGCACACGUCGAACGAAUAACGAGUCGCCGACACUAGGCAGCCCCAAGGUCCCUCGCCAUCCUAUUCCCUCAAUGCAGGCCGCAUUUGCCGAGUCAUUCCUCGAAGUCGCCGAUGGCAAUCCUACCCAGAAACCGAAACUCAAAACUGCUGAUGCAAAGAUUCGUCGCGAGGAGCUCAUUAGCCAGGAACGCGAAGAUGACCUACCCGAUAUGCUUUGGCGCUUUCGCCCCGGCCAGCAGCAGCAUGAGCUCCAAAAGCUCAUGGCGCAGAUAUCAUUUGGCGUUUACUUGCUGCUUCACGGCAUGGCCAACAGCGCGGCUCAGGUUGUCAGCAUCCUGCAGGGACACAUUGAUGAGGUGGACGAAUUCCUCGAGGUCGUCAUGGAGGACUUUGAGCAGGCGACCAAUGAUUUGAAGGAGAGGAUCGACUACCUUCGCUUGCCCAUGGAGAACCUCGAGGUCUUUGAGAAACUGCUAGAGGACCGUAAUUUCCGGCUAGAGAUCGUUCAAGGCAACGAAAAGAUUGAGCACAUCGUAGCUCGCACCAACAUCCAGCUCGAACAGUACGAUAAGGACGUGCAGCAUGGUCUCGCCGCAACAAAAGAGUUUGCUGUGUAUCUGGCUCACCAAAACGCGGGUAGUUGGCGUCAAGAUCGCCCAGACGUGGUAGACAUCUACGCCGCAAUGAAGGGCAACACUGAGGGCUGGUACAACGCAUUUGUGGAGUUGCAAGCUCAAGGCAAGGAGUUGAAUACCCUGGUCGUUAAGCUGGGGAAGAUGGUGGCUGAAAUGAGCAAAAAGGCUGGUGAAGUGAGUAGAAGAACUUGGGCCAGCAUUCCGCCGUUCAGUCUGCCGCUACAAGGCGCCCGAGUUGACGAUGCCUCGUCAAACUCACCACCAGCUUCACCUCCCAGAGGCACGAGGCGCUCUACGCUGCGCGCGAAUAGCGUGAGCGGCCCAGUCUCUACUGGGGGAAGGUCAAGUUCCAACCUGGCCUACUUUGACAUCCCAAUGCAGAUACCGUCGCCAGUAGCUUCCCCUGAUCAACGAUCGGUCAAAACCCACAGAACAUCACACUCGAACAACACCAUGCAGUCAUUCCACACCUCUCACUCGCACAACACGAUCCACUCACAAACCACCACCAGGUCUCAUAAAACCACACACUCUCAUAAAACCACACACUCUCAUAAAACCACACACUCUCAUAACACCAAUCACUCGCACGAGACAGCUCGCACAAGCCAUACCACCCGCACAAACCAGAGCUCGCAUUCUAUCGCGCCGAAGCUCACUCUGGAGACUCCCGACGGACCUAUAACUGAGCCGGUCAGCGCCGAGGAGGAGGUGGAGGUGACACUUGACGGAUCGCUAUAUAUACUCCAGCCAAGGACGUAUACCCCACAACCACCCGAGGAACGCAUGCCUUCACCCGCCCCGACCGAAUCAUCAAGCAGGUACCAGCCUCAGCGCGAGGCGCCCCUACCAACGAAAAAGACGUCGCUUCGCCAAAGGGUUUCUUUGAAGACGACUCCUCCAGAGUCAAUCCAAAUUCCACCUCCGUCAUCAGACCUUCAUCACACUGCGCGACAGUCUCCUCGGGAGCGUCACGCUCCAGAUUCGGCCUACGGCUCUGAAUAUGAACAGCGACAGCGUUAUCAUGGAGCCAACGAGCUCUCCCCGCCUGUUCAGCAGCCGCCGGUGCUACCUUCCCCAAGGUCGGAGCACCAAUAUUACCGCCCGGUGCAAGCGAGUCCACACUCUCCACUACAACAAAGGCCGCUCACGGCCGGUGCGCAACCCAGAUCCCCCUAUGGUCACCAGUCAGGGUACUAUCCCACUCACCAGAGAAACGCACCGUCCCGCCUGGGAGGCGCAAGCAUGUUGAGCACCGUGACGACCAUGACAUAUGACUCACAGAUGACGGCGAGCGGAGAAAAGCGACUGAAAAAGAAACGCAGCGCUUUUGGCUGGCUGAAGAAGGCGUUCUCGCUCGACGAAGAAGAACAACGAGCAUACGAAGCGCGGAGGCAGCAGCAAACGCCCAAUAUGUACUACGACGGCAGAAGCCCCAAAUUCUUGGACGGCAAGAGGGUAGCACCGCCACGGACUGCAGACAGCGUCUAUCGCCAAGGAGACAGUGUCUAUCGUCAACAAUGAUUCGGCCAUGUCAUACAUGGUUGUUAUUAGCCGAGAGUUCCGAAAAGCUUGGAGCUAGUCCUUUGAGAGACUGAGAACCACGCCGAGUACGGGCCACUUUUUGAGUUCACCAUUUUGCGACUUGCGCCCAGAGUUCGGCAGAAAAAAGCGCGAUAUUGAUACCCCGCGGGCGACCAUUUCUUGAUAUC